AUGCUUGUAUUUUUAGUAAAAGGAGCUGCAGCAGCAGCAGCAGUUGCAGCUGCUGCUGCGGUGGCUGCUGUUCCUGCAGUUUCCGAAGGUACCACUGCUGAAGCACAAAUGUUAGGGCAACCUUCUCAGAUAUUUCGCCCUUAUGAUUUCUUUGAACCUGCAAGGAAUAUAGCCGUAGAGGGAGGGGAGCAGCCAUCCAAGCGCAUCGGUGCUUCUGCUGCUGCUGCUGCUGCAGGGGACCUGUUGGGUGUGCCGCCUAACUUCGUCCCUUCUUCUCGUUCCUCUUUCGCUGCACAUGACUUAAACCUAAUUCAAGGUACUGACGACGUAAGCACACAAGGAGAACCAAGCGGGGAACUGAAGGCUCCAGAAGCAGCAGCAAUAGGACCGGAGAAACGAAGUACCCUACCAGCACCAGCUGCUGCUGCUGCUGCAGCUGAGCAGGCAGCAGCCGCUACUGCUGAGGAUGGAUCCGCAGAUCCCCACCAAACAGAGAUUGUCGCAUCAUUAGCAGCAGAAGCAGCAAAGACGGAAGACGGCUCAGCAGCAGCACUCUCCGUAUUAUCGGUUAUCGCAAAUAUCCUCGAAGCAGAAGCAGAAGCUGCAGCAGCAGCAGCAGCGGCAGCAGAAGCAGGUGCAGCAGCCGCUCAAGAGUCGCUUGAGCUACUGCUGUUGGAGGCGCUAACUAUAACACCACGCAGCGAAGCAGAAACAAUUUUUAAAAUAGAAGAAAGAAUAGACAGACUGCUGCUGCAGGGUUUGCUGCCUGAGGAACAGCAGCUAGCAGCAAUAGCGCAGCUGCAAACAGAAUUGAAGUCUAUUAAAAAAGCAUUGGAAGUAGAAAGGCAGGCUGCAAAUACACCCCGAAAACAAACAACAAGAAAAACAGAACAAACAGUAAAAAAACUUGACCAAACUAUUCAUGUCUUGGAGAAAAAAGAAAAGUUUUUAUUGGACUGUCUCGAUAAACUACGCGUGCAAGAAGAUACAAUGAAUAUUUAG